AUGGUGGUGCGCGCAGGCAAUGACCUGGCGCGGUGCCUGAAUUGGGGCGCGGGCCUGGGGGCGCUGCGAGAGAGGGGCCUGCCGGCGGUGCUGGCGGACAUAGAGCACGCGACGGUGGCGCUGCUGGACCGCUGGGAGGUGGCCAUCACGCGCACGCCCUCCGACAGCCGCCCCGGCCUGGCCGCCAACCAGCUGCAGCGCAUGAGCCACCUCGUCGCGCGCGACCGCCCCGACACCGAGCAGGUGCAGCGGCGGGUGAUGAACAACUACGUGGGCAUCGGCGUUGACGCCAAGGUGAGCCUGGAGUUCCACCGGCUGCGCGACCAAUUCCCGCACUGGUUCCGCUCCCAGAUGGGCAACAAGGUCUGGUACACCACCGUCGGCGCCAAGGACAUCCUGGGCCACGCCAUCGGCGCAUCCUCCGGCUCCCUCCCCUCCAAACUCAAGGCGCGCCGCUGUCGCUGUUUGUACCCGACAGUGGAGGUUGACGGGCGUCCGCUGGAGCUGCCGGAGGACAUAGAGGGUGUGCUGCUGCUCAACAUCGCCUCCUACAUGGGCGGCGUCAACCUCUGGGCGUCAGGCGCCGCCUCAACCGCUGCCGCCCCGCUCGACGCCCCGCAGAGCUUCUGCGACGGAGUGCUCGAGGUGUGCGGCGUGUAUGGCAGCUGGCACCUGGGGCAGCUGCAGGUGGGGCUGUCGCGUGCGAUCCGGCUGGCGCAGUGCCGCAGCGCUCGCAUCACCGCACUUGAGGCGCUGCCCAUGCAGAUCGAUGGCGAGCCCUGGCGCCAGCCGCCCGCCACCCUCGACAUCUCCCUCAAGGGCCAGGCAUUCAUGCUGAGGCGCAUUGAGAGCGGCCCGGUGGCGGCCGUUGCGCGCGCAGUGUCGGAUGUGCUGGAAUCCUGCGAACAGAAGGGGGUCAUCAGCGCUGGGCAGCGGCACACUCUCACUGCCGAGAUCGCUGCCAAGCUGCACCCUGUCCUCUAG